AUUGGAGUGAAGUUUAGUCUGCCUCCGCCUGCAGUCCCAACAGACACGCCUUAAACAUCAGCUGAUAUUUAUUACUGCCUGUUUAGACAAUUCAGACGCAGAGGUGAAAAUAUUUAUGUGGCAAAAGAUUCGGUUUACCAUGUAUCCCUUAUCCGAUGUCACUGCAUAUGAAGGCACGCCACUUUCUAUUUCUUUCUCCGGUUCUGGAUUUCUUUCAACCUACCAACUCGGUGUCUCACAGUGUUUCUUUGACAAUGCACCCUGGAUCAUAGGCAAAAAAUCAAAGGUCUACGGCUCGUCUGCCGGUGCCUUAGUUGCUGCUGCCGUCGUAUGUGGAGCGAGUAUGGGUGGUGUUAGAGAUGAUGUGAUUGAGUUUGCCAAACUUGUUCGAGAGCAUUCUUUUGGGCCUUUUCAUCCCGCUGUUAAUGUUUUCAAAUGGAUGGAAAACAUAAUGCGACGCCGUCUUCCACUUGAUGCGCACGAGCGCUGCAAUGGGCGCUUGUGUAUCUCAAUGACUCGAGUUCCUGACGGCAAUAACGUGAUUAUGUCUGAGUUUAAGACACAUGAGGAUCUUAUCCAGGCACUCCUGUGCAGCUGCUUCAUUCCAAUGUACUGUGGCGUGAUACCGCCAAGUUACAAGGGGGUGCAUUAUGUUGAUGGUGGUUUGACUAAUAUACAACCAACUCAGACUACGGGUUACACACUCACUAUAUCACCUUUUGCUGGAGGAAUGGAUAUUUGUCCUCAGGAUGACACGAGUCCUUCGUGUGACUUUGUCGUAAACGGCCAAUGUUUCCAUCCCACGUUGUUAAACCUAUUCAGGGCGACUACUGCACUGUAUCCACGUGACUGGAAGGUUCUCAGUGAGGCAUAUGUAAAUGGAUACCAAGACGGAGUUCAGUACCUACAGCACCAUGGUAUUAUCCAGCAAAAGCAGAACUUGGUAACUCGCCUUCACUCAAAUUCAGUGACUCGUACUAUAGAAGGAAAGUUUCCUUUGCCUGAGGAAAAUGAAAUAGAGGAGCAUGAUGAGAGACCUGCUCCAAAGGCCACUCCCCAGGACAGGGAAGGCAUUCAGAGGUUGGUGAAUGCUCCUUGGGGCCUGAACAUUCUAGAACAAGCUCUGAACUCAAACACUCCUGGAUGGAUCCAGAAUGUGUUUCUGUAUGACAUGAGUCUGUUUGGACUCAUGGGGUUCUUCAGCCUCUAUUUCCCAAUCCGCCUCUUUACUAUCUUACUCAUCUCAUGCAUCCUCCCUUUCUGGGUCAUCUUCAUGGUCACAUACAGAUUUCUGCGUUGGAUCAUCUUUGCUCCAAUGGCAGUGUUUUGGCUCUGGCAAGACCUGAAGCAAAUUGUGUUCUUUGUCAACAACUUUAUUCUAUCAACCGUGAAACAAAACCUUAGAAACAGGCUCCUGCUCUUCCUCUCUCUGCUCCCAUCUCUGGAGGUGAACACCGAGUAUGAGAAUUCUACUGAGGUCUCCCGUGGACACCGUGGCAUUUCUGUCCUGAAGGUGGCACUGUUAUCCUCUGCCUCGCAUCAUCAGACAGAUUCUGUCACCAGUGGUGACCGUCAUGUUUGCACCCUCCAGCUCAUACUUGAGUAGCCCUUACAAGCUAUUUAGAAUAAACCUGACAUGUAUGUUUUGGACUAUAGCUGGUGGCUAAUCAGAAAUAUCAGCAGAGUAAUCAGUGUACCUGACCUCACAUAUAAAGUUGUCUGAUAACCAUCCCGAUUGGCUUUAACUCGUACUCACAGUAGAGUAGCCUCCUGUUCAUCUAUUAACAUUGUGUCUGCAACAUUUUAAAUUAUGUGACAUUGGUACUUUAUUUUAUGCAGGUGACUGAAGUGUGUGAGAAAACAUUUGUAUAUGACGUGAUAAAGGAGUAUUGCUACAGUAGGUUAGGUACACACGAUGCACAUAAUACAGUUUUACAGGUUAAGUUAGCAUUGUGCACAUGCAAUCUGGUCAUAAAAUAAAACAUGAUCUUGUGCACUG